AAAUGUCCGCUCUGGUCGACGGAUGAUUUAACGGGGUACUUUUCGGAAGUUUUCGAACAAUUUCACCGCCACAGAUUUAUCACCUUUUCUACCUAAAUUGCCUGUUUUGUCUGCAAAAACACAUCUUCAUUAGUCUGUCUGGUGCCUAUUGGCGUCUGUGGAGUGUUUUAUAAUCUUUGGUGUCUUCCAAUUCCUCAAGAAGAGUGGAAAUCUCAACCUAACCUAACUUUUGUGAGCGCUUGUUCCUGACAGUGUAGUGCAAAAAAAAAUGGAACCAAUGACGCUGGGAAGCCCCGCCGGGAGUCCGGCAGCUGGAGGAAUGACUCCUGGAGGUGGUUACCUACCUGCAUAUCUAAUUGGUGAGCAAAACACACCAGCAACACCAAGAAGUACCACACUGUCUCCGGGAAGGACUCGUUCACUGGCUUUUGGGGCCACAUCUCCGGGGAUUCAUGGUUCUCCGGAAUUUGGAAGAGCACAACCUGUGAGGAAUCUAUUUAGCAAUCAAAGUCCAGCUCCCACGGGAAGUUUGUUUGGGCCUCAGAAGGGGAAUACGGGAGUUUCUGGACCUCCGACGCAGAGUUUGUUUGACUCGCUGAGGGAAGAGAGAAAUGCCAUUCCGCAGAGUCCAGCACAGACUUUUGAGGGUUUACUGCAGCAGUCGACAAGGAAUCAAGCUCUUAAUCAGUCAGUCAAUGAUAGUUUUGCCCUCAAUGCCAGUGGAGUGAAUAUCUCGAGGCUGCAGAGUCCGGGAAGUGGUUACGAUGUCCUAGACACGAGUCGGAGUGUCAUGAGUCCACAGGUGAGGCAAUGCGACUUCUGGAUCACGGUGUUUGGCUUCCCAUCGAGUGCCCUGUCUCUCAUCCUGAACCAUUUCUCUCAAUGUGGAACAAUUGUGGACAAAGUCUUUCCUCCACAAUCCGGGAAUUGGGUCCAUCUCAAAUUCACUUCCCGCCUGGAAUGCGACCGAGCUAUCAACUUCAAUGAGAAGAUCCUGGCGGGGAGUCUCAUGAUUGGGGUCACGAGGUGCAAAGAUCCCACGCUGAUGGCCAAGGAGAGCCAGUCAAUCCUCGAAAAUGGACACACAAGAGUCAGACCCCUUGCUCAUAUCGCCUACAAAAAUGCCCAGAGCCCCAUUGACAUCGCUCCCAGCCCAACGACUCCCAAACGCUCAACGGGCAUCGUUAACAAAGCAAUGGAUUAUUUCUUCGGAUGAUAAUUAAAAAAAAACAUUAGCAUGAUAAAAAAAGUAAAACAAAACUAAAGUCUCACUUAUUUUUCAUUAAAUAAUUUUGACUGUAAAAAUGCUGAAGGUUUUUCUUACAAUUUACACACACUCAAACUGACUUUUGUAAAAUGUAAUAAAAUGAUUUAUUGUUUAUAAAUUGAAA